AUGGAUACAAAUCAGCACGACCCCCCGGAGCCCCAGGCCUCCCCAGAGGACCCCAAGCCUGGCAACCCCAGCUCAAUCCUGGUGAACAAGACCCUGCCGCUGGACACCCCCAACAUGGUGGGCGACAGGUUGCCCCCAAAGACCGGGGCGGUGGUCAUCGACAUGGGCACGGGCACCUGUAAGGUGGGCUUCGCAGGACAGGCCCGGCCCACCUACACCGUGGCCACCAUCGUGGGCUGCCAGCCCAAGAAGCCGGCCACCACGGGGCAGCCGGUGCUGGAGACAUUCAUCGGGGAGGCAGCCCGCAUGCGCCCAGAGCUGACGCUGGUGCGGCCGGUGCGCAACGGCAUCGUGGUGGACUGGGACGCUGCCGAGCUCAUCUGGCGCCACAUGCUGGAGCACGACCUCCGCGUGGCCACCCGGGACCACCCGCUGCUGUUCUCCGACCCACCCUUCAGCCCCAUCACCAACCGCGAGAAGCUGGUGGAGGUGGCCUUCGAGUCGCUGAACUCCCCCGCCAUGUACGUGGCUUCCCAGUCAGUGCUGUCCGUCUACGCGCACGGGCGGGUCAGCGGGCUGGUGGUGGACACGGGCCAUGGGGUCACCUACACAGUGCCCGUCUUCCAGGGCUACGACCUGCCCCAUGCCACAGAGCGCCUGGACCUGGCGGGCACCCACCUGACCGCCUUCCUGGCGGAGAUGUUGCUUGGUUCUGGCUUGCCGCUGGGGCAGCAGGACCUGGACGCGGUGGAAAACAUCAAGCACCGCUACUGCUACGUGGCCCCCGACUUGUUAAAGGAACAGGCCCGGCCGGAACUGGAAUGUCGCCAGACCCUGAAGCUGCCCGACGGGCGGACGGUCACGCUGGGCAAGGAGCUGUUCCAAUGCCCGGAGCUGCUGUUCAGCCCCCCGGAGAUCCCAGGCCUGUCGCCCGUGGGCAUCCCCACCAUGGCCAAGCUGAGUCUUCACAAGGUGCCCCUGGAGGUGCGGACCGACGUGGCCCAGAACGUGCUCCUCUGCGGCGGCUCUUCACUUUUCUCCGGGUUCGAGGGCCGCUUCCGCGCUGAGCUACUGCGCAGUCUGCCCCCAGAGGCCCACGUGGUGGUGGCGGCCCAGCCCAGCAGGAACCUCUCCGUGUGGAUCGGGGGCUCCAUCCUGGCCUCGCUGCGUGCCUUCCAGUCCUGCUGGGUCCUGCGGGAGCAGUAUGAGGAGCAGGGGCCCCACAUCGUGUACCGCAAGUGCUACUGA